AUGGCCGCGCUGUCCACAGUACCGUUGUUUCCCCCACACACUGGGACUCAACAGGACUCUCAAGAUAGCGAGACGCAAAUAGCCACCGUCAAUGUUGCAUGUAAAGGCCUAAAUAGCAAGACUCUUGCCCGGUGGCUGCACGAGGAGCACAGAAGUCCCUUGGAACUUCUUCAGGCUGCGUGGUCACUUUCGCUUCGGGCUUAUACAGGCUCUAACGAUGUCUGGUUUAGCUGUCUGGAUUCGAAAAGAAAUUGCUACUCCCAUGUUUCGCCGGCGCAGUCUGUGCAGAGCCUCUUCAAUAUACGUCGUGUGGAGUUACACGAGGAAAAUAGCACAACUCGUCUGGGAGCCAACUCGGCUGUCUAUGUUAAUGAAGGACAUGAAGAUCAAUGUAACGAUGCAAGACUUUAUGACCUUAGAGAGUUUGAUCUCACCGUUUAUUUCUCCUCUGGGACAGAUACACAAUGCCCUAGCGUUGGGAUUCACCACAAACCAUCGGCCAUUUCAACAGAUUUGGCUACAAUGAUUGCAGCAACAGUAGCUAGGGCCACCGAGCAAAUAGUCUUCAACGUUGACUCUCAGAUCGAAGUUCUCGACAUAUGUAGUGAUGCAGACAUCAACCGUCUAUGGCAAUGGAAUAGCACAUCAGGUGAUGAAAUAUCCCAAGGGCACUGCAUACAUCACAUAAUCUCACAAAGAUGUGCUGCACAGCCAGAGUCAAUUGCUGUGUCAGCCUGGGACGGGCAGCUUACCUAUGCAGAGUUGGAUAGCUUGUCGUCAGCUCUAGCAAUACGGCUUCAACACCUUGGCGUCCGCCCAGAAACUUUCGUCCCCCUUGUAUUUGAGAAAUCAAAAUGGGCAGUCAUCGCACUGUUAGGUGUCUUGAAAGCUGGCGGCGCUUACUUCUUUCUCGAUCCUUCCCAUCCAAUAGAGUAUAGCCGCAGCUUGUGCUCAUCGCUGUGUCCCGAAAUUGUGGUAUGCUCACAAAGGCAGAGCACUCUUGCCAAAUCCUUCGCUGGCAAGAUCGUCCCACUUGGAGGGGAACCAUGUGAGCUUCUGGACUCAUUCCCAGUGGAUGAAAUACCACCACAAUUGACAGCAGAAACAAGCACUUCAAACGCCAUGUACAUAACUUUCACCUCUGGGACCACCGGUACGCCGAAAGGCAUAAUCACCGAGCAUUCCGCCUUUUACUCCAUGGCCAUGGCCAAUGGUAAAGCACUCCAUGUCACAGCUGCAACGAGGAUGCUACAAUUUGCAUCGUAUACAUUCGAUGUGAGCAACCGCGAUAUGCUCAUCACUCUCAUUUUUGGCGGAUGCAUCUGCACCCCUUCGGAGAGUGAGCGUAUUAAUGACCUCUCUGGGUUCAUAAAUCGCCAGUCUGUCAGCUUAGCAAGCCUGACGCCGUCUAUGGCCAGUACCCUGACUCCUGCUUUAUGUCCAAGUCUUCAAGGGUUGGUCCUGGGCGGAGAGCCUAUGACCGAUAGCCACAUCUCUGCUUGGGCCAACCACGUGAGGCUUUUCAAUGCCUAUGGGGUGAGCGAGAGUACCGGGAUAGCAGCGUUGGCAUCGGACAUUCAAGUAGGCUCUUCCCCAGGCAAUGUAGGUUUUGGGUGCGGAUCAACAUUAUGGGUCGUUGCGAUUGACCAGCCCGACAAACUGGCACCAAUUGGCGCACUGGGAGAAUUGGUCAUUGAAGGCCCAUCCGUUGCCCGUGGCUAUCUGGGCGACGAAAAGCGGACAGCGAAGCAGUUCACCUCAAAUCCAGAGUGGAAGAAAAGGAUUCAUGAACAAUUCGGCGAGACUCAUUCCGGGAGGCGGGCCUUCCACACGGGCGAUUUAGUGCGGUACAAUCUCGACGGGUCGCUGCAUUUUUUGGGAAGAAAGGACCAUCAAGUGAAGGUUAACGGACAGCGACUAGAACUGACGGCAAUUGAACAUCACAUAGCGGCCUGUGCUGAAGUCGCCAACUCCGGCUUUCUUCAUACAGCCGUCGUCGUUGCUAAGAGUAAGACAAAUGGAUCCAAGCUUCUCGCCUUUCUGGGUCUUGAUACGACUAGGGAGUUAAAUAGUCCGUCCCAAAUAGUGUCAAAACAGUUGAAGGAUAUGGAGGCCCUGAAAGCAGACCUGAAACGAUACCUUCUGCAUUGCUUACCGGCAUAUAUGAUUCCAGUGGAUUUCAUAUUUCUGCAACACAUGCCACUCACGACUUCGGGCAAAAUCAAUCGGCUCCGUCUACAGGAAACAGCUGCAUAUGUGUUCUUCGAUGACCAGAAAGGGGCUGCUGAUGCAACCAACUCAAAUGGUAACCAAAUCACAACCACACCCAAAGAGAAAGUUCUUAUCGAGUCUUGGACCAAGAUUCUAGGCAUUAAAAAUGCAAGCAUCACGCGCCAUAACUGCUUUUUCCGGAGAGGCGGUGACUCAAUUGCAGCAAUCAAAAUGGCUGCGAGCCUUCGUCAGGAAGGAUUUAUUAUAUCAGUGUCUGAUAUUUUUAAAUCUUCGACCCUGUCGGACAUGGCGUCAGUGCUAGUCGAAGACAAUAAGCUUUCCUCAUCAACAGUACCUACCCCUUUUUCAUUGAUAAACAACUCCCACUCUAUACUCGAUGCGAUUUCGGAAGAGCUCGGUAUGGGCAUUGACCAGGUCGAGGAUGUGUACCCAUGCACGCACAUGCAGCAAGGCUUGAUAGCUUUGACGGCGCAAAACCCUCAUGCAUAUAUUGGUAGCUACACAUGGCAGCUGGCCGAUACGCUUGAGGCGGAGAGAUUUAAGAAUGCAUGGAAGGCGGCUUGGUUCCACAACCCAAUCCUUCGUACCAGAGUCGUGCAGACACCGGACGGUGUCUUUCAGGUUGUGAUGAAAACUGAUAUGCCGUGGAAUACUGUCACGGAUAUCACCGGUGAGAAGGAAAUCAAGGAAAUUGAUAUUAACCAUGGCCCACUUAUCCAAUUUUAUUUCAACAAAGAAUCGUUUCGGUUAGAUAUCCAUCAUUCUUUGUUUGAUGAAUGGUCCCUUGACCUGAUCUUGGGACAAGUUGAGCGCGCAUACGCCGGGGAGAAGCUUCAUACGCAGCCAUUCAGUCCAUUCGUUCAACACCUCCUCCAUGAACAUGAUACUACCACGGAGGACUUUUGGCGUCAGGAGUUUUCUUGCCUCCAGGCCGAGCAUUUCCCAGCUGGCGCUUCCAGCCCAAUCAACGUUGAGCAGGCGACAGAGAAGGCAGUCCUAGAACAUAGCCUGCAACAUGAUAUCGGAGUUUCGACCAAGUAUACACUCUCAUCCGUCUUACGGCUUGCAUGGGCGAUCGUUCUAUGGCAUCAAACGGACAGCGAGGACGUGCUAUUUGGAGCCACUGUCAGUGGCCGUAACGUGAGCAUUGAUGGAAUCGAUCAAAUUAGUGGACCAACCUUGGCGACACUACCUGUGCGCAUCAAACUGCCAACGAACCAGCCUGUUCACGAGGGCUUGUCGCAGGUUCAAAACCAAUUCGCUAACAUGAUGGUAUAUGAACAAACUGGAUUGUCGCGUAUUCGACAGGCUGGGAGAGAACCUGCUGAGGCAUGUAGCUUUCAGAAUCUACUCGUCGUGCAGCCGUAUGAGCAGCAAACCGCAUCUGUUAUGUUCAAAACGUCAGCCAACUCAGCAUCUUCUUCUGAAAACGCGAAGGCCUUUUCUAGUUAUCCGCUUGUGUUGAUAUGCCGUCCAGAAAAGAGUGGAGUAAGCAUGAAAGUAAUAUUUGAUCCUGCUAUUAUAGCACCCGCCGCCGGACAUAGUAUUCUUAGACAGAUGUCGCAUGUUAUCCAGCAGCUUAUGACUUCCGACUCAAUGCGCAUCACAGAUGUUAUCAUGGUACCUCCGGAGGAUAUGGCUUUGUUGAGAGAAUGGAAUCAUUUUCUCCCGAAAGCUGAGAACACUUGCAUCCAUGAUCGCAUUCGGCAAUUAUGUAUUGCCCAACCUGAGGCACUGGCUGUUCACUCCAACGACUUGGACCUCACAUAUGCGCAGCUAGAGAAUUACUCCGAUCACUUUGCGCAGCAUUUGAUAAGCACAGGGAUCAAGCAGGGAGACUUUGUACCCCUCUUAUUAGAGAGGUCACCCUGGGUUCCAGUUAUCAUGCUAGCAGUUCUGAAGACUGGCGCUGCUUUUGUGCUACUGGACCUUUCACACCCUAUUCAGCGGAUGCGAACGAUGUGUUCUAUGCUUGAUGCCAGAAUUGUGGUUUCCUCCAAGGAGCACACCCAUAUGAGUGACGAUCUUCUGCUUUCUGUCAUCAACUUUGACCCAAAGGUUUAUGUACAGAAUUUGGGUAAGCAAAAUAUAGCCUCGGCGUCCCAGCUACCGGAUGCAGUCGUCACCCCAGAUGCCCCUGCAUGCGUUGUCUUCAGCUCAGGCUCUACCGGGCUACCUAAAGGCAUUGUGCUUCACCAUAGUGCUCUUGUCACAAGCGCAGCUGUCAUGCGCGACCACGGAAUGCUUGCCCCUACCAGUCGCGUCUUUCAUUUCGCCUCCUUCGCGUUCGACAUCAGCAUUGGCGAGAUCCUCUUCACCCUUGCCACCGGAGCAUGUGUCUGUGUACCCUAUGAGGAGGAAAGAAGGGGGAAUCCCGCAAAAGCAGCAAGUGACCUGCAAGUAACUUGGGCACUUCUGACUCCCUCUGUGAUUAAUCUGUUCGACCCAUUGGAUGUCCCCACUUUAGAAGUCUUGGGGUCGGCCGGUGAGCCUCUUACUCCACACAUCGUGAACGUGUGGGCUCACAGGGUGAAUCUCUUCGGGAUGUAUGCACCGGCAGAAUGUACCGUUAUCUCUCAUAUCGGGCGAAUCUUGCCCGACACGCAUCACUCCAGCAUUGGCCGAAGCCCUGGAGCAGUGUCUUGGGUAGCUGAUCCAUCCGACCACAAUCGGCUGGUCCCUAUCGGCACAGUCGGUGAGUUGAUCGUCGAAGGCCCCGUCGUCUCGUCUGGGUAUCUCAACGACCCAGAGAAAACAAACAAAGUCUUCAUCACCAGUCCCCCUUGGCUUACUGACGUCCGUUCCUACUCCGGAAGACUGUAUAAAACAGGAGACCUCGUCAGACAGACUUCAGAUGGCUCACUUCUAUUCGUCGGAAGGAAAGAUGAUCAGGUAAAGCUGCACGGUCAGAGACUUGAAGUGGGGGAAGUCGAACAUUGCAUAAUCUCCUCAUGCACAGCCAUCAGAACCGCUGCGGUUGAGUGUAUCAAAAUUCCGGAACAAAACAACCGCGUCUCACUGGCUGCAUUUAUUUGUCCACAAACCCAUGGAGAAUGGGGGAAAUCCUUGAACGCUGAAUCUGGUGUGGAAUUGGUUGGGCCACCAAGCGACCAGUUUUACUCGACCAUCCAAUCCUUGGAAACAUCUCUAAGAGAGCUACUUCCGGCAUACAUGGUUCCAUCCUUCUUUAUACCGCUUGCUGAUGUUCCCCUCACUUUGUCAGGGAAGGUGAAUCGACGUCUACUCCGAAAUCAAUCCACAAGUUGGCCACUGAAGAGCCUAGAACAAUACCAACUGAGAAACAGGACUUCUCUCGCCGAAGAAGUUCCUAUCACGGCGCUUGGCCGGGAAAUUCAAGAGAUCAUUGGCCAAACGCUCAAUCUGGAUAUUCAAUCAAUACCCAUGAGCAGUAACUUUUUUGGCAUGGGUGGAGAUUCAAUCUCAGCUAUGCAAGUCUCCAUGCUUGCAAGACGCAGAGGGAUACUCCUCCCCGUUGCGGAUAUUUUCACGGAACAAAUUCUUUCAAGAAUAGCUUCAAAGUGCACUAGAGAUGAUGAAGACACCAACAAGAUCUCUAGAAGUAAACUAUCUGGACCAUCCAUGAACCAAUCACAUCAUCGUGACCUUGCUUAUGAGAAACUCCUUCGUCGUUUGCCGCAGGAGGUUGCCGAUAAUAUUGAGGAAGCCCUGCCCGCCACUGAAUUCCAAGCGAUGACGCUUCGUAACUUCUACAGCCGAUAUCUAUGGAUCUCACUGCCUGGUGAAGUUGAUCAGGACCAACUACUGAAUGCAUGCAAUCAGCUUGUUCAAAAGCACUCCAUCUUGCGCACUGUGUUUUACACAAAGGAUGAAAAGUCGGUCGUACAACUGACCUUGCGCAAAGUCCACGUCAGCUUCAUUCGUUAUGAGAACAUCGAAGAUUUGGACGAGCAUUGCGCAGAUGAUUCUCUUGCCAUGGAAGUACCUAUAAAUGGCGAGCCAGGAUUUCAGGUACAGCUCCUGACCUUGAGGGACGCAGGGAAAUUUCUAGUUCUGCGAUUACCCCAUGCACUAUUUGAUGGACUUUCAUUGGACAUCAUUUGCAGUGAUCUCAGUUCUGCAUACGGCGGAAAACCACUUCCACCUUGUGCUCAGUUUUCGAACCACGUUCGACAUGUCUUGGAGAAUAAGACCCCCGAAACCUACAACAUAUGGAAAGAAGUACUGGGAGAGGCCCCAAUGACCAGUCUGAACAACAAGUUUUUGAACAAUUGGAUCCGACUGGGCGAAGAGGAGAACCCACAAAUGGGCGCACAUUCGGAACAGCCAAGAGUGGUGACGGCAAUAGCAGAGACUGUCCCAAUCUCCCCUCCGCCCAAUACCACCAUGGCAACAUUGGUCAAACUGGCGUGGGCAAUCACACUCUCCCGGUUAUUUACCUCAACUGAAGAAGAGGAUGGAUGCAAAUAUGGCCUGAACGAUGUUGUUUUUGGCCAGGUCGUACAUGGCCGAGGACUGGGACUUACCCAUGAAGACCGCAUUGUUGGUCCAUGCCUCAACAUCAUCCCUGUGCGAGUUCACUUUCCUCUGAAAUCAAAUAAAUUUGAGCUUCUUGCCCAGGUCCAACAACAGCACAUUCAAACCAUGCCUGUUGAGAAUCUUGGGCUUGAAGAAAUUGUCCAUAAUUGCACAUCUUGGGAGUCUGGAACAAAGUUUGGCAGCUUUGUGAGGUUCCAAAACUUCACCAAUAAUGACGACUCGACCUGUUCCUUUGAUGGACAUACCUGCGAAACGGGUCUCUAUAGUCUUCCGAAUCGACCAUCUGCCACGGCCAAUGUACUUGUUGUCCCUCAUGGGUCCACAUUGACAAUCACCAUGACAAUAUCCAAUCAAGUAUUGGAUGCAGAGUCUGCAGAUUAUGUCGUAGGGUACUUCAGUGACGUGAUCGGAAGCCUGGCAAGUGAAGAGACGGACUGCGAGUAUCUUGUGUGA